UUAAAAGAAAAAGGUGCAAGUCAAUAAGUUAUUACAAAGGGGCUAAUUAUUGUGAAAUUAACUAUGAGAGCAGGAAUACAGCGUCAUUUAUGUAUGUGCAAGGUUCUGGUUGGAUUUACAGCGACAUAGAGGAUUGGGACAAAGAACUCAUUGGACCUUGCUCGAAGGCAAACUGUAAUGACAACCAAACAUGUCAGCAGCUUCCGUUCGGGGAAUUUAAGUGCAUUUUGUCAGACUGUGGAGUUCCUAGGAGUGAAAAUGUAACCCUUGACGCCGUAAAAAGGUGGGAUGGAAUUGGAAUCCAAAGGAGAAUACAUAUAAAAUGUGCAGAAAACUAUAAACAAACUGGGUCACAGCAGUUCAUAUGCCAAUCAAACGGAAAAUGGAGGACUGAUUUAAUCUGCGAAAAAGGCUGUGAUAAGGGUUGGAGUGAAUUCGAAAAUCAUUGUUACUAUAAAUACGAAACAAGUGUUACAUGGCAAGAAGCCAAGGAAAAAUGUGAAAAGAAAAAUGCUUAUCUGGUAGAAGUGAACGAAGAAAAGGAAAAUGAUUUUCUUCAAAAGACCUUCUUACAGAUCAUUGAAAGUAGUGCCUGUAGUGGAGAUUACACCUGUCCUGCGUGGAUCGGAGCUAAUGACAUCGAUACAGAGGGUGAAUUUAUCUGGAGUAAAUCAAAAGAAAAUGUUAGGUUCUUCAAUUGGCAUCCUAAUGAGCCCAACAAUGGAGUAUUUUUCAACCAGGACUGCGCUGUACUCCUUCAUACAGGCCAGUGGGAUGAUGGGACAUGUUCCUCUAAAAUACCAUUUAUUUGUGAGAAAGAGUUGUAGAUUUCUCUGCGUAAAGGCUUUAUUUUUUUAAUAUUUGAAUUUAGGGUAUCGGAUUUUAAAUAAAUCAAUGCUUUGAUGCAUUUCUAUAGUUUAUAAAAUUGUGCACGUUUUCAGUCAGACAAAUCUGACUCGGAGGGGCAUUUGCCAAUGCCCUAUCCCCCUUUGUGUUUUCGCUGUUUAAGCCAGGGACGUAGAAACGGGGGGGGGGGGGGGGGGGGGGGGCAUGGUCCCCCCACUUUUUUCCCCCAACAUUACCUUUACUAUAGAAAAUGUUCAUUGAAAGGAUGGUUGGCCCCCCACUUUGUACCAUAG